GGAGGAGUAAAGCGUUACCAGUACUCCGUGCGUGGAAGGAGCAUUUACUGGCAGGUUUUCAAGCGACUUGUAAGGCUACGCAGUAUUUUGUACCUACCUGUUCAGGUAUACGGUGGACCAUUUCGUUCCUGUUGGCUGUGUUUACUUUUGCCUAGUCAUAAGUGUCGUUCAUUAGAAGGCAGUGAAUAAUUGUAAAUCUCUCUUAGAUUUCUAGUACAGAUAGUAGAGCUGUGAAUGUAAACUGCUCGUACCACAUUUUUUCUCAGUUGUUUAAGUUUAGAAGACUUACAAGAUAUCAAUCUUUGCGAAGUUGAGUUGUACGUCGGUUUUGUGGGUUAUAAACAUCACGUUUUCUUCGUUUUAAAGAGGGGAACCAACUAGUACUGCAUCAUAAACACAACUACUUACGGUGUUUUUCAGAGGUGAAAUGUUAUAAAAAUAUUCCACAAGAUCAUCAUAUAGUUUAAGUCAAUUAAUUUCAAGGAUAAACUUUGGACAAUGAGUUUCUUGAAUCAUAUGUCUCGAAGAUAUAGUUGGUUGCACCGCAUCGCACUGUUAACCUGGUUCAUGAUUCUAGCCCUAGUCUUCGGUACGAGUCAAAAUUCAGGCCAUGUUUAUGCACAUGAAACAGACAUUAACAACACUAUCAAGUCUGACCAAUCUGAGAGAGACAGCGAAAUCAUUCCUGACGGAACGUCAGAUGAAGUGACACUUCAGACCACAACUGGUAGUACAACUGAAAUGAAAAAUAAUUCAGCACGAUCAGGUAAAAUGCUCAAAUUUGAGAAACCUGAGGUGUAUCACUCGCCUCCACUUAUGAGACCGGAUACAUCUGUUGUACCGCUACCUCUUGAUGAGAUCAGGGAAAAUAACGCUGCUAAUGCGAAGACAACUAGCACUCCAGCACGACCACUGUUAUCACCUGGCGAUUUUCCCGGAAGAACAGGCGUUGGUUCCUGGGAGACUAUUGAAGCUUAUGGAAUCAAGGAGAAGGAAACUGAUUUAACUAAACCGGACGAUCGACCAUCUUCAGCGAUGACAGCGCUACCUGCUCAUAGUUUUUUGAACCACUUAAUGUUUAUGUUCUUGUUGGUUUUUACAAUUUCUUAUAGUAAAUUAACUCUGUUUUGAAUGUACACCCAUACAUUCCUUUUAACAUGCAAUCAAAAUCAAACUUCUAUUAGUAACGAGUCACUCUACACUGUUUCAUUUUGUUUUAUAUCGUGUACAUUUCUCACACUUAGAUUUUCUUGUAGUUCCAGACAUCUAAGACCUCUUAAAAAGGUUAAAUUUUUAAAACGUUAAGCCUAAAGAGGGGUUAACUGUGAUGUGUCAGUCUGCAUUUACUGUAACUUUUUAAUAUUUUAACAUUACUUUGAAAUUUCAGCUGCAUUGUGAGUAUGGUUGUUACAUUUGUGUAUAAGUUGCUUUUGUUAAGCUAUUUAAAAUUAAUGUUUGCAAUAAAUAUGUUUUACUUUGUAAUAUUUUUAUCAAAAAUACACAAAUGUUAAAAAAAUGCUACUAAAAUUGUAAUAUUUAUUAGUUUCUUGCAUAAAUAAAGCGCAGACAACAGAA